AUGGACGAACUCUUGAACUUCACUCGUGCAACUUUCACCCACAACACCUCCAACCACUCCUGGUCUGUGGUCAGCGAUAACCAAACGGACACUGACUUCUACACUGUCAACAUCCUCCUCUCCUGCUUUUACACCGCCUUCCUCUUCCCUCUUGGCCUUGUGGGUAAUAUCCUGAUCCUGCUUGUGAACCUGGACCCCUGCCAGAAGAGGAGCAGACCAGACCCUUACUUCACCAACCUGGCGCUGGCCGACCUGGUGCUGGUGCUGGACUCGCUGAUUGAGGUGUUCAACCUGAGCGCACAUUACUACGACGACGCAGUGCUGUGCACUUGCAUGGCGCUCUUCCUGCAGGUCAACAUGUACAGCAGCGUCUUCUUCCUCACCUGGAUGAGCCUGGACCGCUGUUUGGCUCUAACAGGCCUAACAUCUCACGCGCUGACUGCCGCCCAUGGCUUGGUGAGCCGCCGUUCAGGCCUCACGUGCGCUGCCAUCUGGGUGGCUGCUAUCGCCAGCACCCUGCUGCCGUUCACCACAGCUCAUGCCCGUCACGGCUGGGGGCGGGGCUUCUGCUUUGCAAGUGCACCCGAGGUCCAGUGGCUAGAGGUGACGCUGGGCUUCGCUGUACCGUUCUGUGUUAUUGGUGUGUGCUAUGCCUUGAUCGGUCGUGCACUGUUGCGGUCCGGACAGACACGUCGUGCCAAGGCACUUCGGAUGAUUGCGACUGCUGUCAGUGUCUUCUUCGUGUGCUGGCUGCCUGAAAAUGUCUUCAUCGGUGUUCACCUGCUGCGUGGGGCCACCGAACCAUCACGCCGUCGUGGCAACAGCACACUGUGGCAACAGUACCCGCUGACGGGUCACGUAGUCACAUUGGCCGCGUGUGCCAACAGCUGUCUGAACCCGCUAGUCUAUGGCCUGCUGGGGAAAACCUUUAGACGCAAACUGCACCUCUUUCUCAAGAAUCACCUGCACUGUCAUGAUGCACCCCAACGGACCGCAAACGUGACCCGCAUGCGCCUCCAUCAUGGCCUGCGAGUAAAGUUCACGCGCACUAUAUGCACUAGCCACAGUCAGGAGGAGGAGGAGCGUGAGCUCAGGAAUGAAGUAAAUACAAUGUGUGCGUGA